AUGGGGGAUUUAGUUAAAUUCGUUAGACAGCAGUUCUUUGACAACAAUUGGACUAAGUCCGUUGAUCCAGAUUCGCUUAGUGAGGAAAAAUUGGAAGCCAUCGAUACCUCUUUUAGUCAUAUGGAUGUCAAGUCUAAACUAUGUCUACUUUUAGCAUUCAGCAACAUGAAACCAAGCCCAGUAGAAAAGAUAAACAAACAUAUAGAAAGUAUAUUUCUUCAAGCCUUGGAUGAAGAAAACAAUCUUGUUAAAGCUGUCGCUACAAUUUUACACAGUAAACAAACCCUCAACUAUCUUAAUUUCGAUAUUUCUCCUACGAAUGAAGCGUUUGGAAAAAGUAUUGAUAAACUACUGAGAAAUGCUAAUAGCUGGAAUGUGGUAGAAACCCUCUAUUAG